AUGAAUCCUAAAUCGUCCACUCCCAAGAUUCCAAGACCUAAGAACGCUUUUAUUCUGUUCAGACAGCACUACCAUAGGAUUUUGAUAGACGAAUGGACCGCUCAAGGCGUGGAAAUACCCCACAAUUCCAACAUUUCCAAAAUUAUUGGAACCAAAUGGAAGGGUUUACAACCAGAAGAAAAGGCCCACUGGGAGGAUCUGGCGAAGAAGGAAAAACUAGAACACGAGAGGAAGUAUCCUGAGUAUAAAUACAAGCCAAUAAGAAAGUCGAAGAAGAAGCAACUACUUUUAAAGGAAGUUGAAGAACAGCAGCAGCAGCAAACGCAACAAGCACAAACACAGCCACAGCCACAGUUACAACAGCCUUUCAACAAUAAUAUUGUUUUGAUGAAAAGGGCACAUUCCCUCUCACCAUCUUCUUCCGUCUCAAGCUCGAACAGCUACCAGUUCCAGCUGAACAAUGAUUUUAGAAGAUUGCCUAUUCCAUCUGUUAGCUCUCCCAACUAUAUGGUUUCUAGGCCUUUGAAUGGGUUGCCUUUGGCACACGACAAAGCAGUAAGAGAUCUACCGCAACUGUCAUCUCAAUUUCAUUCUAUCCCACAUUAUUCCGCUCCGCAUGACUCUGCGACGAGACAUCAUUAUCUCAACAUUGCGCAAGCUCAACCAAGAGCUAACUCUACUCCACAAUUGCCCUUAAUUUCAUCCAUAAUUAACAGCAGCAACCAAACAUCGGUCACAAAUAGUACGGCAACAACAACAACAACUGCAACAUCAUCUCCUAGUAAACUCUCCUCUUCCCCCAACUCUUCUAUAUUCGAGAACAAUAGAUUGAACAGUAUCAACAACUCUAACCAAUAUCUUCCACCACCCCUAUUGCCCUCUCUGCAAGACUUUCAAUUGGAUCAAUACCAGCAGCUCAAGCAAAUGGGGCCAACGUAUAUCGUCAAGCCAUUAUCUCAUACCAGGAAUAACCUGUUAUCUACAACUACCCCUACGCACCACCACAUUCCUCAUAUUCCAAAUCAAAACAUUCCACUUCAUCAAAUAAUAAAUUCGAACAAUGAAGUCACUGCCAAAACUAGUCUAGUUUCUCCAAAAUGA